CACGUGAGCUUUGUACGAGUGGCCUGGGUUAAACUGAAUUUGAAAUGCGUGGACCUCAGUGCAGGGUAUAAAAACUAAACGGCUGCGGGGCAUGUCGUAAAGAAGAAGCUAACGAACAAACUUCGAAGGAACUGGUGAAGAUAUUUUCCCAAUUUGCUUCAUUCGCCGUAGAAAGACGCAAAUAGCCCUGAUCCCACUGUCGUAGGCACUACAAAGUCAGGGAAUUAAAUCUGAAAUAGAGGGCUGUUUCCGUAACCCACUGCAACGCUGCAACUUCUCUCAUAUAUCUUGCUCUGCUCUGCUGUUGAGAGACAGAUAAACGAAGAAGCAGAAAAUGAGAGAGUGCGAGCUGUGUGGACUGAGAGCUCGGAUUCACUGCGAGGCGGACCAGGCGAAGUUAUGCUGGGACUGCGAUGAGAAAGUUCACGGAGCCAAUUUUCUGGUGGCGAAGCACCCGAGGAACCUCCUCUGCCAUGGAUGCCAGUCGCCGACUCCAUGGAUGGGCUCGGGACCCAAGCUCACGCCGACCGUCUCGGUCUGCGAGAUUUGUGUCGAAAGGCGUGGAAUUAAGUUUCAGCGGCACGAGGAUCAAGAAAGCGAAGCAGAGAACGAAGACGAUGUUGAUCUUGAUGACGAGGAUGAUGAUGAUGAUGGUGGUCAUGAUGGUGAAGAUGUUGAUGAUGAUGCUGAUGAUGAUGAGGAGGAUGAAAAUCAGGUGGUUCCGUGGUCUAGUUCGCAUCCGGCGGCGGCAGAGCCUCCGCCUGCGGUGAGUUGUUCGAGUAGUGAAGAAGAAGAAGAAGAGGAGGAGGAAUUUUUGGUGGUGUCGAAGCGAAUGCGAGAGAAUGCGGAUCCAGAUUCUGAUUUGGGAUGUGACGAAACGUCGUCGUUGGCUUCGCUGAGGCUGUUGAAGCGAGCGAGACUGGGCGAAGAGAACCGUUUACUGAGUGAGAGAUCAAGUGAAGCGGAGUUAAGAUCAACGGCGAUCGUGAGCUCAAUUGAGAGUCUUCAAAAUCAAACGGACGUGAUCAGCGACGGUGAUGAUCCUGCGUCCGCCGCGGUCCUCGGGAUUUGCGAACCCAGAAGAGAUGGUCAGAGCCGUUGAUAUUAAUUCAUUUUAAAUUCCUAACCACACAAUACAUAGUGCUAGUUGUUGGAUUGAAUGUUGAUAUUGUCCAUAAUAACCAUAUGAAAUUAAUAUUUGACCCCUUCAUUUUCCAAUUAAUGUAAGAUUAAGAUUCGCUCCAAUUUAAUUAAUGUUGACAUUUUGGUGUGUAUUUGCAAAAUUAAGUCUCAACCUCAGAAAUAAAAUAAAUUUA